AUGUUCCUCACGCUGAGGACAAAGUUCCUCCUUAACCUGAAGACAAGGUUCCUCACGCUGAGAACAAGGUACCUCACGCCGAGGACAAGGUUGGUCACGCGGUGGAAAAGGUUCCUCACGCUGAGGACAAGGUUCCUCCCUCACGCUGAGGACAAGGUUCCUCACGUUCUACACGCUGAGAACAAGAUUCCUCGCGCUGAGGACAAGGUUCCUCACGCUGAGGACAAGGUACCUCACGCUGGGGACAAGGUUCCUCACGUUCUUCACGCUGAGGACAAGCGUCCUCACGCUGAGGACAAGGUUCCUCACGUUGAGGACAAGGUUCCUCUCACUGAGGACGAGGUUCCUCACGCUGAGGACAAGGCUCCUCUCGCUGAGGACAAGGUACCUCACGCCGAGGACAAGGUUGCUCACGCGGAGGAAAAUGUUCCUCACGUUGAGGACAAGGUUCCUCCCUCACGCUGAGGACAAGGUUCGUCACGCUGAGGACAAGGUUCCUCUCGCUGAGGACAAGGUACCUCACGCUGAGGACAAGGUUCCUCACGUUCCUCAAGCUGAGGACAAGCUUCCUCGCGCUGAGGACAAGGUUCCUCACGUUGAGGACAAGGUUCCUCUCACUAAGGACAAGAUUCCUCACGCUCAGGACUAGGUUCCUCUCGCUGAGGACAAGGUACCUCACGCCGAGGAGAAGGUUGCUCACGUGGAGGAAAAUGUUCCUCACGCUGAGGACAAGGUUCCUCACGCUGAGAACAAAGUUCCUCCUUAACCUGAAGAAAAAGUUCCUCACGCUGAGGGCAAUGUUCCUCACGCUGGGGACAAGGUUCCUCUCGCUGAGGACAAAGUACCUCACGCUGAGGACAAUGUUCCUCACGCUGAGGAUAAAGUUCCUCACGCUGGAGACAAGGUUCCUCACGCUGAGAACAAGGUUCCUCCCACACGCUGAGGCCAAGGUUCCUCACGCUGAACAAAAGGUUGCUCACGCUGAGGACAACGUUCCUCACGCUGUCGGCAAGGUUUCUCACGCUGUGGACAAGGUUCCUCCCACACGCUGAGGACAAGGUUACUCACGCUGAGGACAAGGUUCCUCAAGCUGAGGACUAGGUUCCUCAUGUUCUUCACGCUGAGGACAAGGUUCAUAACGCUGAGGACAAUGUUCCUCGCGCUGAGGACAAGGUGCCUCACGCUGAGGACAACGUUUCUCACGCUGAGGACAAGGUUCCUCACGCUGAGGACAAGGCACCUCACGCUGAGGACAAGGUUCCUCACGUUGAGGCCAAUCUUCGUCACGCUGAGGACAAGGUUAGUCACGCUGAGGACAAGGUUCCUCACGCUGAGGACAAAGUUCCUCUCACUGAGGACAAGGUACCUCACGCUGAGGACAAGCUAGGUUCCUCAAGCUAAGGACAAGUUACCUCACGCUGACGACAAUGCUCCUCACGCUCAGCAGAAAAUUCCUCACGCCGAGGAGAAUGUUCCUCACGCUGAGGGCAAUGCUCCUCACGCUGAGGACAAGGUUCCUCAAGCUGAGGACAACUUUCCUCAUCUUCAUUACGCUGAGGGCAAGGUUCCUAACGCUUAG